CCGCCGCUGCCUGAAGCCUGGGCUGGGAGACACAGGGAGAUAUAGAUGAGGCAUACAUUGACCCACGUGCAGCUGUUGGCUGUGUGAGACUGGACACGUUCCAGUGGCUGCGUGCACAAAGAGUAACUUAGCACAGUCGUGACGAAGUGUCGGACGCUGCCAAACCCCCGAGCGGGGUCGUGUGGUCACUGGGCUGUGAAGCGGGGAGGUAGAGAUGUCUGCAUGUCGAAAGGCUCAGGGACUUGGCUGGGGGACUUCUAAACUGCUGAGCUAUUUCAGGCUAAAACACUCGGAGGCAACAGAGGCACAGCUAUCAACAUACACCACUGCCAAAUCCCCCUAGAGACCCGCCAACAGGGCAGCUGUCCGAGGUAUACAGCGUCUCCGAGGGCAGUGUUUGCAUUAGGAGGCUCGACCGGGUGAGAGCACCGGGUUCGGUUCUGCAUCGGGUCGCUCUUCACAGCAGAGUUCAGAAUUGCACUACAAUGUCUGCGGUGGCUUCUCUGCAGUAAGCACACAAAGGUUAUGCUGCCCAAAAGCUGUCUGAGUCCCAGCGAGAAAGAGAAGGGCUAAAGCCGCACUGAUCCACACCAGCUUUCCAGUUCCUCUCCAGCAGCAACUCCACUGCUGAGCCAUGAGCAACCCCGGCACUCCCAGCCAGAUUACAGAUGCCGUGGCAGCGGUCAUUCACAGUCCAGAGGCCCCUGCUGCCUCGUCACUACACGGGACGCCACGCACAGAGGAAGAGGACGAUGGGGACCUGAACAAAGCUCUGGGCGUCCAGCGCUUCCAGCAGAUCCUCAGCCCGGCUUCUGUCGUCCCCGAUGAGCAGCACCACCCCUACCAUGACGAGGACAUUGAAUACCACCGUCACUCGUCUCACCACAUCCACCGGCCUCUGUCCAAACUGCCCUCAGAGGGACGCAGGAAGAAGGGCGGCAAGAAGAGGAAGAAGGAAAAAGAUCACAAAAGCAGCCACGUUCCCAGCAGUGGCCCCAUCGAGGAGGGAGAGGAUGAAGAGGAAGAGGAGGAGGAGGCAAGUUCUGCUCCAUCUGACUCCGAGAGAGCGAGGGAUGUGGAGUUCUUUGUUUCCGAUGAAGACCAUGCAGCCACACGGGGCACAGAGAGCCCUCACACAUCCCGAUCGCUGGACAUCGUACCGCAGUCUGGUGUCGGAGCAGACGCUGAGGAUGUCACUUCCACAGAUAAGCCGGACACAUCCGACACUUCCAGCCCCUCUCAGUCAGGGCCCCCUGAACACAUAGCGCUGGCCCGGGUGUCAUCCACCAGCCGCAGCUACGAUCUGCAAGACCGCCGGCGCACGGGCAACAUGACGGGUACCGAGCAGGCCAAGUACGAGCGCAUCCCCACGGACGAGAGCGAGGCUCAGACACUGGCCUCCGCUGACCUGGACGGCAUCAAGAGUCAUCGUUUUGAAGAUGUCCCCGGCAUGCGCAGACACCUGGUCAGAAAGAGCACCAAGGGACAAGUGGUGCACACCGGUAAAGACCACAAGGAGCCGACCACCCGCAGCCGCAAGCAGGACCAUAGCCCACAUGAGCCGUUACCGGUGAUUCUGUACCGCAGUGCCUCGCGGCCAGAAGGCGUCAUGAUGCCCUCCGGUAAAAUGGCUCGGUACCAGAAGGUGUUUGUAGAGCUGAACGAACUGACCAUGGACAAGAACCAGGAGAUGCAGUGGAAGGAAACGGCUCGUUGGAUCAAGUUUGAGGAGGAUGUGGAGGAGGAGACAGACCGCUGGGGGAAACCUCACGUGGCAUCUCUGUCUUUCCGCAGUUUGCUGGAGCUCAGAAAGACCAUCUCGCAUGGUGCGGUGCUGCUGGACCUGGACCAGAAGACCCUGCCUGGCAUCGCACAUCAAGUGGUGGAGCAGAUGAUCAUUUCUGAUCAGAUCAAAGCCGAAGACCGAGCCAACGUCCUGAGGGCCCUGCUGCUUAAACACAGUCACCCGAGCGACGAGAAAGAGCACACCAGCCCAUUCCCCAGGAACAUCUCCGCCGCCAGCCUAACACACCACCACGGUGCCAACCACGGUGCCAACCACGGUGCCAACCACGGUGCCAACCACGCCCAUCAGCCAGAGCCGUCUGCCACCGACCCGCUCAUGGGCACCGUCCACGCUGCGGUGGACACGGACACACGUGUCGACGUGGAGAAGAACGAUGGACAGCAGAAGGAGUCGUCCUUAAUGACUGGAAUGCAUCGAUCCAAAUCCAAACAUGAGCUGAAGCUGCUGGAGAAGAUUCCUGAAAAUGCAGAGGCCACAGUUGUCCUUGUGGGAAGUGUGGACUUCCUGGAGCAGCCCACCAUGGCGUUUGUGCGGCUGCUGGAGGCGGUGGAGCUGGAGUCCGUCCUUGAGGUCCCUGUGCCUGUCAGGUUCCUCUUUGUUAUGCUGGGACCCCCCAGCACGAGCAUUGACUACCACCAGAUAGGACGCUCCAUCUCCACGCUGAUGUCUGACAAGCAAUUCCACGAGGUAGCCUACCUGGCAGAUGAGAGGCAGGACCUGCUGAACGCCAUCAACAGCUUCCUGGACGGCAGCAUCGUGCUGCCGCCGUCGGACAUGGGAGGUGACGAGCUGCUGCGCUCCGUCGCUGGCUUCCAGCGGGAGAUGCUGCGCAAGAGGGCGGAGCAGGAGGUCAAACUGCUCAAAGAGACUAUAAGCGUCGAAGAAAACGAGGCCCUCCUCGAUCCUCUGAAAAAGUCAGCCGACCCUUUAGCGCGCACAGGACGCCCCUUUGGUGGCCUGAUACAUGACGUGAAGCGGCGUUACCCGAAGUACGUCAGCGACUUCAAGGACGCCCUCAACAGUCAGUGCAUGGCUGCGGUUAUCUUCAUCUACUUCGCUGCCCUCUCUCCGGCCAUCACAUUCGGAGGCCUGCUCGGUGAGAAGACGGACGGUCUGAUUGGUGUUUCUGAGCUGAUUGUGUCGACCGCCGUGCAGGGCGUGAUCUUCUGCCUGCUCGGGGCUCAGCCGCUGCUGGUCGUGGGCUUCUCCGGACCCCUGCUCGUUUUUGAAGAAGCAUUUUACAGUUUCUGCAAUUCGAACGAUAUCGAGUACCUAACAGGCCGCGUCUGGAUCGGGUUCUGGCUCAUCAUCAUCGUGGUCAUCACUGUGGCGUUCGAAGGCAGUUUCCUGGUCCGCUUCGUCUCCCGCUUCACCCAGGAGAUCUUCUCCUUCCUCAUCUCCCUCAUCUUCAUCUGCGAGACCUUCAUCAAGCUCGGCAGGAUUUUCAAGGAGCACCCACUGAAAUACUGCUCCCUUGACAACAGCACGGUAGGUGGCACCUCGAUGGGAAACACCACCCUGGUUCUGAGCAACAGCACCUCGCCUGUGCCGCUGAAUGUCCAAGGCAAGCCCAACACGGCGCUGCUGUCCCUGGUCCUCAUGGCCGGGACAUUUUUCAUCGCUUUCUUCCUGCGCAAGUUCAAGAACAGUGCGUUCUUUCCUGGAAGGCUUCGCAGGAUCAUUGGAGAUUUCGGGGUUCCAAUCGCCAUCCUCAUCAUGGUGCUGGUGGAUUACAGCAUAGAAGACACAUACACACAGAAACUGAGUGUCCCCCGUGGACUUUCUGUGACGAGUCCCGAAAAACGCGGCUGGCUCAUCAACCCUCUGGGUUCGGAAGGUAAAUUCCCCGUCUGGAUGAUGUUCGCCUGCUGUUUCCCGGCUAUGCUGGUUUUCAUCCUCAUCUUCAUGGAGACGCAGAUCACCACCCUGAUAGUGAGUAAGAAGGAGCGGAUGCUGGUGAAGGGCUCUGGUUUCCAUCUGGACCUGCUGCUGAUCGUGACGCUGGGCGGGGCCUCGGCUCUGUUCGGGCUGCCGUGGAUGGCGGCCGCGACCGUGCGCUCCGUGACCCACGUCAACGCCCUCACAGUCAUGAGCAGGGCCGUCGCCCCUGGAGACAAGCCUCGCAUCCAGGAGGUGAAGGAGCAGAGGGUCACUGGGCUCCUGGUCGCCAUCAUGGUUGGCAUGUCCAUUGUAAUCGCUGACCUGUUGCGUCAGAUCCCCCUGGCCGUCCUGUUUGGUAUCUUCCUCUACAUGGGUGUGAUGUCUCUCAAUGGCAUCCAGCUCACAGAGCGGAUGAUGCUGCUGCUUAUGCCACCAAAGUAUCACCCUGACCACACCUACAUACGCAAGGUCCGAACGCUGCGCAUGCAUCUGUUCACCUGCAUCCAGCUGGUGUGUCUGGGUGUUCUGUGGGCGGUCAUGUCGACACAGGCGUCUCUGGCGUUCCCCUUCGUCCUCAUUCUCACCAUUCCUGUGAAGAUGUUCGUGCUGCGCCGCAUCUUCACCGUCAGAGAGAUAGAAUGUUUGGACGCGGACGACGCUGAGCCAAAGUUUGACGAGCGCGACUGUCAGAACGAGUACGCGGAGGUGCACAUGCCUGUAUAACCCUGCUACACGCCCUCGUCGUACCAGUCAACUCCUCUUAGUGGACACCGUCAUCUGUCAAUCACAACCACUGACAUCUUGGAUGCAGCGACUCCAACUUGAAGCCCUCGUAAAGAAACUUGACGCCACAUCACUGUGCACCGCCGACCCUCAUCAUCAUCAUCAUCCUCCUCCUCCUCAAGUCACCAGCACACAGAACGUCUGGUUGUUGCUUGAGUCAAACUUUUCACUAUUAAAGUAGCUUUAUUUAUCAGGUUGUUGGAGGCUUCUCUGAUGGUUAGCAGCACUUUGUGGUCGUUAGCGUGCUUCACUCGUACUUUUUUUUAAAAAAACAGGUAUUUCAGGGGAAAGAAAAUCAAAUCCAUGUGAUCUGAAGCUCUAAAUGAAAUUAACAGUAGAUAGAUGUGCAAGACCGAUUUAAUUUUAAGCCCUGAAAGGUUGCUCUCAUUCACAUUGAAUAUGUGGGUCAAACAUUCUUUUAUAUUCUUGUGCUAGUUUCUAGUUUGUCGCUUUUCUCCGUGUUUUAAGCUCACCAAGCGCCUUAUGAAGGAAAUGAACCGUAUACGGAGGUGUUUGUUUUUCCUCGUCCUGUAUUAUUGUAGACAGCUGAUCACUUUGCCCGCCUCCUGAAGCUCGUAGCACUUUUUAAAGAAACCAAAUCUGAACGAUGACUGUAUUUUAAUGUGAUUUGUUUUAUCUCUUUAGCGUCCUCUUAAAAACCCAUGAAUCGAUAUCAGCGUAGCUUUAGUUUUCCUCUUAAUUGCUUCUGAUUGAUUUUUAGCCUGUCCUAUAACUACUCGUAAUUUUUUGUGCUCAAACGCAGCAGUUUAUUUUGGCUUUAAGUCAACGUCUGUACCUGUCGUGAGUUAAAAGCACCAACAGAGGGAGAUCUUGCAGGACUGUGCUGAAUGCUAUACCAAAAAAUUUAAAAACAGUAAAUGAAAAUGCAAUUACACUAAUGCCAUGACAUCUUAACACACGUUUUUUUUGUGAAAGUAAGAAAAACACAGUUGCACAUUAAUGAAUUUACUCUAAAUGUCUCCACGCACAUGUUUAGGGCACUAAAGUUCUGAUGGUUCGUUUCGACCUCUCACUCGGUUUGGUUGGUUGGUUGUUUUUGGGGAAUCGCUGUAAUUUAUUGGUGUCUGUGUCCGAGUGCCAAAACCGUGGCUCGUGUAAAUAGUUUUGUGAUCAGAACAAUAAGCUGCAGUUCAGUCAUCUCAAUAACUGUAUUGUUUUGGCCUAAUUCACACAUUUUUCAUGGUAUAACAUUCCUCGUUUUAUCAAAUUUCGUGCUGUUUUGGGGGUUGGGAGGGAACUAAUUGUUAAAAACAAUUUUUAUUCACUCAUGAGCUUGGUCGACCAAAUUUCCACACGAGCUGUGUAGACAAUCUCAAUAUUCUUAUUACUAAGAGGGAAGGUUUUUAAAAAGAAAUAAGAAGUAUAUAUAUAUAUAUACACGGUGUUUGUGAUUAAUUUCAAGUUGUGUCCGUGUGACAUUGGACGGUUAAAGCUCUGUGCAUGUGACACUCUCCUCGUCCCACCUCCGCCUGCCUGUCGCUGUGAUCUUGUGCCUGUUCGGUGUCACAAAGCUGCACAAAAUCUCAAGUGCCUGUGGGACCAUGAAGCGAUCGGCCGCACGUGUCUGCAGCUGCUUUGUUCGGGGCGACACACGUUACAAUAGUUUGCACUUUUCAGACGCUCACAAAUCAAACAUCUCUCCAUUAUUUAUCUGUUGCAAUAUGAGGCAUUAUUACUGUUUUUAUAGAAAAAAAAAAGAAAAGAUUUAUUCAGAGUAUUUCACAAAACCCUUAUCUCGUGGCUGCAUCACGGCCGUGACACUGAAGAGUAUAUUUAUUAGAAGAAGGCAGUGGAGAACAUUGUCGGUUGUGUGUCUGCUUAUUGUGCCCGUGGAUGGAGUGAACGUCGUCCGCCUACGUCAAAGUGUUUGUUUUCCACGUUGUGAAAUGUGAUGUGUUGAUUCGUUUCGAAAGCAAUACAAAGUCUGACAGGAUAUUGCUGAUGCUCCCUUGUACAUUAAUGGUUCAAAUAUUGAUGACAAAUAAAAGUUAUUUUCUAUUUA